AUGGCUCUUCUCAUCUUGCUGUUCCUGCUGCCAAGUCCCUUACAUUCCCAGUCCACCUGUAGUAUCUCCAAAGAGACCAGCCUGCUGGUAGUAAACUGUGAGAACAAGAAGCUGACAGCAUUGCCUGCAGGCCUGCCAGCAGACACAGGCACCCUCUACCUGGGCAAGAACCAACUGGGUACCUUCUCCACAGCAUCCCUGGAGUAUUUCACUCACAUCAUUCAUCUAUACCUGGAUAAAUGUGAGCUGACCAGUCUGCAGACCAAUGCAAAACAGUUAAAGCUGAAAACCCUGGACUUAUCCCACAAUAACCUGCAAAGCCUGCCCUCCCUAGGACAGACACUGCCUGCACUCACUAGUCUAACCGUCUCCUUCAACAAGCUGAGCUCACUUUCUCCUGGUACCCUAGAAGGCCUAAGCCAGCUCGAGUUUCUCUACUUGCAGAACAAUGAUCUCAGGAGUCUGCCCCCUGGACUCUUGGUGUCCACAACCAACCUGAGGAAACUGGAUCUGUCCAACAACAAAUUGCGUGAGCUGCCCCCUGGGCUCCUAGAUGGGCUGGAGAGCCUUGACACCCUCUACCUUCAGGGGAACUGGCUACGGACAAUACCAAAGGGCUUCUUUGGGACCCUCCUCCUACCUUUUGUUUUUCUCCACAGCAACACCUGGUAUUGUGACUGUGACAUCCUCUACUUCCGUAACUGGCUCCAGGAAAAUAGCAACAAUGUCUACUUAUGGAAGGAGGGUGUGGAUCUCCGGGGCAUGACUCCUAAUGUGGCCAGUGUACGAUGUGCCAAUUUGAACUAUGCGCCUGUCUACACCUACCCAGGGAAGGGCUGCCCCACCACUGGUGGUGACACAGACUAUGAUGACUAUGAUGAUGUCCCUGAUGUUCCUGCCACAAGGACUGAGGUCAAGUUCUCUAACACUAAAGCUCACACUACCCACUGGGACCUUCUCUCCGAAGUGUCUUCUACUUACCAAGACAGCCAAAUGACUUCUUUGCCUCCAACCCACGAACCCAGUAAGAAACAAUCUACAUUCACCCACACACAGACCCCAGGUUUCACCAUACUCCCAAACACCACGGAAUCCAACACAACCUUCUACAGUCUAAAACUCAACACUGUACCCACCACCAUCCCAACCACCCUAGAGCCCACCUCCACCCAGUCUACCCCAGAGCCUAACGUCCAACCAAUGCUUACCACCUCCACCUUGACCACCCCAGAGCCCAGCAGCACUCCAGUUCCUACCAUGUCCACCCUAACGCCCAGCAGCACCCCAAUGCUUACCACCUCUACUUUGACAACCCCAGAGUCCAGCAGCACCCCAGUUCCUACCAUGUCCACCCUAACUACCCUAAAGCCCAGCAGCACCCCAAUGCUUACCACCUCUACUUUGACAACCCCAGAGCCCAGCAGCACCCCAGUUCCUACCAUGUCCACCCUAACUACCCUAAAGCCCAGAAGCACCCCAAUGCUUACCACCUCUACUUUGACCACCCCAGAGCCCAGCAGCACCCCGAUUACUCUAGUGUCCACUGUCUCCCCAGUGCUCACUACCACCUUGGCCACUCCAGAGUCUACCCCAAUUGAGACUAUUUUAGAACAACUUUUUACCACAGAGCUCACUUUACUCUCUACCUUAGAAUCCACAAUAAACCCAGAGUGGAACAGCUUCAAUCUCCAAAAGGUGGUGGCUCACGCACCUUCUGAUACUUCUGAAAGCAAUCUUUUUCUCAAUUCUGACUUUUGUUGCCUCCUCCCCUUGGGCUUCUAUGUUCUGGGUCUCCUCUGGCUCCUAUCUGCCUCUGUGGUCCUCAUCUUGUUGCUGACCUGGAUCUGGCAUGUGACACCACACAGUCUGGACAUGGACCAAUCUGCUGCAUUGGCUACAAGCACACAGACCACAAGCCUGGAGGUGCAGAGGGCAAGGCAAGUAACCAUGCCCCGAGCCUGGCUGCUCUUCCUUCAAGGGUCACUUCCUACUUUCCGGUCUAGCCUUUUCCUGUGGAUAAGGCCUAAUGGGCGUGUGGGGCCUCUGGUAGCAGGACGGCGACCCUCAGUUCUGAGUCAGGGUCGUGGUCAAGACCUAUUGGGUACAGUGGGCAUUAGGUACUCAGGUCAUAGUCUGUGACAGUGAGUGCUUUGGAGCUCCUAAGACUUCACUGGACUCUACUAGGAUCUAGUUGGGAUGGGAGACCAUUACAGGACAUCCUAUUUACUUCUCCUUUAUCUGAAGACCCCACUUUACAUCUACACACCCAACUCCAGACCUCACAAACCAAGAGAGGUAGUGAAGUGAUGUAACUGGGUGGUCAUAGGACCAACCUCCCUAUGUUGCUUAGAACACUGACAGGCUACAUAGUCACUGCUACCACUGUGGGGAAAAAAAGCUAGAAAAAGCAAAUAACAUGGCUCCCACACGUUCACACUUGGAAGAAAACCUGGAAAGCCAUUAACCAGGACAGGAGCAUUAUCUCUAAGUAUCAUGAGUAUUUUUUCCCUGUUUAACACUUUCUGGUUUUCUACCAGUGCUAUCAUUUG